CAUCAUGCUGCGAACUUCUGUCCUGCGGCUGCUAGGACGCCCGGGAACGAGUGGAGUCUCGCUCCUGGAGUACUCUAGCCCACGCCACUACAGUUCGGGCCCUCUCGGUGCCCCCGACGAUGGUCGCGGCGCGCGCGCCUUCUUCACGACACCCAUUUUCUACGUGAACGCGGCGCCGCACAUCGGACACCUGUACUCAGCGCUACUGGCAGACGCCCUGUGCCGCCACCGUCGCCUCCAAGUUCCCAGCGCUGCCGCCACGCGAUUCUCCACUGGUACCGACGAGCAUGGCCUGAAGAUUCAGCAAGCAGCAGCCGCUGCGGGCCUGGCCCCCACCGAGCUGUGCGACCGAGUGUCUGCCCAGUUCCAGCAGCUUUUUCGGGAGGCUGGCAUCUCCUCCACUGACUUCAUCCGCACCACGGAAGCCCGGCACCGGAUCGCUGUGCAGCAUUUCUGGGGACUGCUGAAGGCCCGGGGUCUGCUCUACAAGGGGCUCUAUGAAGGUUGGUAUUGCUCCUCCGAAGAGUGCUUCCUGCCUGAGGCCAAGGUCACCCGGCAGCCGGGUUCGUCAGGGGACUCGUGUCCUGUAUCUCUAGAGAGUGGACAUCCCGUAUCCUGGACCAAGGAAGAAAACUACAUUUUCAGGCUUUCUCAGUUCCGAGAGCCGCUUCAGCGGUGGCUGCGGGGUGACCCUCAGGCAAUCACUCCCGAGCCAUUUCAUCGCGCAGUUCUUGAGUGGCUGGAGGAGGAGCUGCCGGACCUUUCUGUCUCUCGAAAGAGCAGCCACUUGCAUUGGGGCAUUCCUGUGCCCGGGGACGAUUCGCAGACCAUCUACGUAUGGCUAGAUGCCUUGGUCAACUACCUUACUGUAAUUGGCUACCCAAAUGCUGAGUUUAAAUCUUGGUGGCCAACCACCUCUCAUAUCAUAGGCAAGGACAUUCUUAAAUUCCAUGCUAUCUAUUGGCCUGCCCUCCUUUUAGGGGCCGGCAUGAGCCCACCACACCGCAUCUAUGUCCACUCUCACUGGACGGUCUGUGGCCAAAAGAUGUCUAAAAGCUUGGGUAACGUGGUGGAUCCCAGGACUUGCCUUGAUCGCUAUACUGUGGAUGGCUUCCGAUACUUUCUUCUUCGGCAGGGCGUCCCCAACUGGGACUGCGAUUACUAUGAUGAAAAGGUGGUUAAGUUGCUAGAUUCUGAGCUGGCAGAUGCUUUGGGAGGUCUCCUGAACCGGUGCACUGCCAAAAGAAUAAAUCCUUCUGGGACCUACCCGGUUUUCUGCACUACCUGCUUUCCCAGUGAGCCAGGGUUGGUGGGGCCAUCAGUUCGUGCUCAAGCAGAGGACUAUGCUUUGGUCAACGCAGUGGCCACUUUGCCCGGGCAGGUAGCUGACCACUAUGAUAACUUUCAGAUCUAUAAGGCUCUGGAGGCAGUGUCCAGCUGUGUCCGGCAAACUAAUGGCUUUGUCCAAAGGCAUGCACCAUGGAAGUUGAACUGGGAGAGCCCAGUGGAUGCCCCCUGGCUGGGUACCGUGCUUCACGUGGCCUUGGAAUGUUUGCGAGUCUUUGGAACUUUGCUCCAGCCUGUCACCCCAAACCUAGCUGAUAAGCUGCUAUCCAGGUUGGGGGUCUCUGCCACAGAGAGGGGCCUUGGAGAGCUCUAUUUCUUGCCUCGAUUCUAUGGACAUCCAUGUCCUUUUGAAGGGAGGAGGCUGGGACCUGAAACUGGGCUCUUGUUUCCAAGACUAGACCAGUCCAGGGCGUGGCUGGUAAAAGCCCAUAGGACCUAGAAACUUAGUUCCUAAUCAGCUUGUGGUAAAAAAGCAAAUGUGUUAUCUUCUUAUUUUGCAUUUUCAGGAAAGUUAUACUAAUGUUUUCUAAAGUGUUGCAUCAUAUGAGCACAUAAACAAUGUCCCUGUGAAAAGAGGUUUGUCGCCUUUCAGGUGCCUACCCCCUACUCUUCAGUUCUCUGUGCCCAUUAACCACUAUCCUUUGUACACCAGUGUCUUUAAGAUGUCUUCAGGGUAAAGAUGGGUAAGAGAAAACUGCUGAUACUGUUCCUUCUCAUUGUGCCUCCUUCCAAGCCACAGUUAAUGUUAUUUGCCCAGACUACCUCUUAAGGCUUUUCAUUGGCCUGGCCUCUGCUGGGCAAGUUAGUGAAGAGUGCGGGUUGGAGGCCCCCUACCUCAGCUUUUAGUAGUCCAACUUUGUUAUAUAUGUUGGGCUUCCUCUUAGAAAGAGAUUCUUUUAUUAAACCUUUAAAAAUUUCAGUGUCCUAGAUUAGAUGGUUUUUGCCCAUGUUUAUGUUUUCAGUUCUUACAACUAUAACUCUGUACUUUUUUAGUUAAUAGUCUAAUAGCUGUGCUUUGUAACAUUACACUUCAACCAGUAGAUGGCCCUAAAGUCUCACAUAUUUAAUUGACAUAGACAUUUCAGAAUAUUUAGAAUAAAUUAGUUUUCUGCUUUAUAAUUAUGCAGAAUUUAAAUUUAAGGAAAAAUUUUAUUGCUUUUCUUAAAAUAAGGGAUGACUGUAGCCACUACUGUUUUACAUAAAGUAAUAAAAAAUCAGAAUCCUGUUUUUUUCAAACUACUGAAAAAGGACAUUUACUCUAUUAAAUGUUUAGUAAGCUAAUAAGUAAAUGUAUCACAUUUGUUUGGACUAUCUGUGAUAAAUUAUAAAGCUCUCGAGGUAGCUGGUAUGUUAAAAUUUUUAAACUUUAAUAACAUUGGGUUUACAGAUAAUGAUUAAAAAUCUAUAAACAGUUCAAAAUAGUUACAUUUUCUUUUUAUUUCUUGGUCAUAAUUUUGUCACCACAUAUAUAAUUUACCUUAUAUGAUUUCUUUUGGUCAAUCAGAAUCUAUAAUACAAUAUAGACAUUGUGUGAAUAGUUCUAAAUGUUAAUACAUUUACUUUCAAGUACU